UUACUUCUCCUGCAAAUCCACUAGGUCUUUCUUUCUCCAAAUCAAAACCAGCAAUGUCACAGCAAGGUCAAAUUCCGAUAAAUCCCACGAUUCCUCAGCAGAACCCAAUGCCACCAAUUCCCAUGCAGGUUCAAAUGCACAUGCAGAUGCCCAACAUGUCCAUGCCUUAUCCGAUGCACAUGUCCAUGCAUAUGCACAUGCCAUUCCACAUGCCACCCCAGGAUCCACACUCCACCCAAGACCCCACCAGAAACCCCGCACACGGGAAGCGCCGCCGAGAAGAAGAGGAUCUAGCCACCGCCGCGUCGGCAGAGCUAUCAACGGCCAAACGUGCGAAGGGACAAGACGUAAUAUUCAGGAUCGUUGUGCCAUCGCGGCAGAUCGGAAAGGUUAUCGGAAAAGAAGGUUGCCGCAUACAGAAGAUUCGUGAAGAGACCAGAGCUAAUAUCAAAAUCGCUGACGCUAUCGCUAGACAUGAAGAGCGUGUUAUCAUUAUUAGUUGUAAAGACAAUGAUGAAAUGGUUACUGAUGCAGAGAAAGCUCUAUAUCAGAUAGCCAAUUUAAUUUUAAAGGAAGAUGAUAGUAGUCUUGAUACAUCAAAAGUUACUGCAGGACACGUGGCUGCCAAUACAAUAAGACUUCUGAUUGCUGGGUCCCAGGCUGGUGGAUUGAUCGGGAUGUCAGGUCAAAACAUUGAGAAAUUACGGAAUUCUUCUGGUGCCAUGAUCACCGUUCUUGCACCGAGUCAGUUGCCUUUAUGUGCUUCUGCCCAUGAAUCUGAUCGAGUAGUACAGUUAUCAGGGGAUGUUCCUACAGUAAUGAAGGCUUUGGAGGAGAUAGGUUGCCAGUUAAGGGAAAAUCCUCCAAGACAAGUGAUUUCAAUCAGCCCAACAUAUAAUUAUGCUGCAGUUCGACCAUCCCAACCAUAUCUUGACCCAAAUUCAGUUGAUUAUGUUACAUUUGAGAUGCUGAUUUCGGAAACAAUGGUUGGUGGGUUGAUCGGCAGAUGUGGCUCAAACAUAUCAAGGAUCAGAAAUGAGUCUGGAGCAAUGAUCAAGGUGUAUGGCGGAAAAGGUGAACAGAAGCAUAGGCAAAUUCAAUUUGGUGGUAGCGCCCAACAGGUAGCGUUGGCAAAACAGAGAGUUGAUGAAUAUAUAUACUCUCAGUUGAUACAACAAUCUGGUACCGAAUAAUCAGAUUUCCAGAGAUGACAAACCUGGAAAGCCAAAAUCUCUAGCCUUGUCUGCUAAACAUCUGCUGUGAAUCUAAUCCAGCUCAGCUGCUUCACUUGAUGGGGACUUAUUUGUUGUUAGUAGAUGUUGAUUGUGUAUGUUGAAAUAGAUGUGGAUAGUGUUUUUUUUUUAAAUAUUACAUUAGGGGAUUCAUUUGCUGAUAUGAUGCGAAAGCUUCUUUCAGCUUGUACGACAUCAACUGUUUUAAAUAUAGUUGAGGGUACACUCAUAUUUGUUGGCUCUAAAGAAUCCAGAUGCUUAGGCAUGUUGAACGUUGAUUAGAUGUUGGUAUAACAUAGCUAUGGCGAUUUUCGGGUAUUAAACCACAAAUGUCAUGUUUCAAAUUAUGAAAUCAUGUCAGUGUGACCUAAUCCAACCAUUCAUUAUCUAUUGUACUUUAUACAUGUUUCUUUA